UGGCCGUACGCUAUAAUAAACUCGCGCGAGCUCCAAAGCUCUGCACGUUUUCGAUUUUAUUAAACUUUUGCGUUACCGUAAUUAAGGCGUAAAAAUCUAUCAUCGAUUUCUCGCGAGUGGCUAAAUAAAUUAGUACAAUAGUGAAGAAGAAAAAUUAAUGAAUAAAAUGAUUCGAAUCAGUUGAUGGAUCAUCGACGCGCGUUUCGUGUUGUUACUGCUCCGAAACUCAACGUCGGAAGAGUCAGAAGUUUAGCGAAACUAUAAUUCAGCGUGAAACGAGCUCGGCCCAAUAAAUUAAUCCUCGCUCUAGAUAACGAGAAUUUCUGGCUCGGCGGCGGCGGCGGCGGCUUGGAUAGAUCGCACAUGUUCUCGUGGCAGCCGAGCGAAGAUGCAUAACAGAUACGACGAGGACUGCGGCGACGACGACGCCGACGACGACGCCGACGAAAACGACAACGAUCGGGAGGACGAUGAGAGACGUCGAUCCGAGACGUCGACAGCGGUGCUGGCGGCGGCGACAAGAGUCCUCUACAGAUCCAUGGAAGUACCGGAUCUGCCGGCCUUUCCCGUACCGCCAGCCUUGAUUCUACCUCCCUCGAUAAACAUCAAUAAAAACAACAAUAGCGGCAAUAACAACGAUUCGGCGACGAUCGAUUCCGAGCAGUGCAACAGACAUCGCGGCCCAGGCAGUCGACGGCAACAACGGCAUCAUCGGCAUCAUCGGCAUCGGGGCGUCGAUAAGAUGCCGAAUCGGCCGCGCACCACCAGCUGGCUCAUGCAGCGCCGGAGCAACAACAACAACGACGGCAACGACUACAGCAGCAGCAACAAUGCCAAUAACAACGUCAAUAAUAAUGCCGCGUCGAGCAAAUGGCAACGCAGAGGCGGCAACGUUCGAGUGCAGCCGAUUUUUUGGAGACGCGUCAGUAGGCCGCAGGUCGAGUGGAAGCUUCGCCAAGCGAAAGCCACUACCGACGACGAUGACGAUCCCAAUGGGAAUCCGAAAGAAAUACAUGAAAAAAUAACUUUUCAAGUGGAGAACGACGAUUAUCGUGGAAUCCAACGCACGGACCUAGUUUAUAGCAGCGAUUUAAAAGCCGCGGACGAGACUCAAUGCACGAGCGACGUCGUGACGCCCACGCUGACCGCCAUAGUCAAGCAGGAUGGCCUACUGUCGGCGGCGGCGAUCAAUCACCAUUACUCCUCGCAGCUCGGCGGCGGUGGCGAACUCCAGGCCACGUCGCUGCUCCACGUCCAGGACGACGCUCUGAUCGCCCGAUCGAUCGAAUGUGGCGGCGGCGGCGUCGGUGGGAGCUCGUCCCUGCUGCAGCUGCAGCAUCGCGUCUCGUGCGCGACCUACAAGUCCGCAGCCAGUCAGACCUCCGAUCGAGUGCUCUAUCGGCUGAGGGUACUGCCGACUCUGCGCGAUAUCGUGGACGAGGAAACGACGAUCAAAGCGACGGCGAGCGCAGCCGGACGAGAUCUCGGCUCCUCCGGGUGUGGCCCGGCACAGGAGCAGCCGCCAGCGGUCAAGAGAAAAGCCUCCAGGCUAGGGCGUUACUUUCGAUUUUUGGGUAGAGUCGCGCUCUGCCAAUUCGGUCUGGCGUGGCUGUUGUCGCUGUGGACGGUACUGGGCGCCGGCGCCUUCUACAUAACCGAGGGUCCGCGCGAACGGGCCCAGGUCGUCGGUCUCAAGGACGCCCAGCGCGACCUGGCCGUGAGUUUGGCCACGGAGCUGCGACUGCUGCGCCAAGAGGAGCCGAUCUACGCCAACAAGAUCAAGCAGUACCUGGUGAAGCACGAGCGCAUGCUCCUCAUGGCCGUGAACUCGGGCUACGGCGAGGGCGGCAACGACGGACAGCUCUGGACCUUUUCCGGCUGCGUGCUCUUCGCCGUUUCCGUCAUCACGACCUUGGGUUUCGGAGCGCCGGUGCCGCGCACGGACGCGGGCCGCACCGUGGCCGUGAUAUUCGCCGCCAUCGGCAUACCCGCGCACUUUCUGCUCGUGCUCAACCUCGGCCUCAUGCUCGCCGUCAAUCUCAAGAGGUACAGCAUCCGCAAGAAGUAUCCGGAGCUGGAGCGCGACCUCGAGCGCAUCGACCACAUGCCCAUGCCGCUCUGGCUAAAAGUCGCUCCCUUCGUCGUUCUAGCGAUUUACUACGUGAUAGGCAUUCUGUGCUUCGGCGCCUCGAGACACCGGCCCUUCGUCGACAGCCUCAUGUUCCCGCUGGACUUCACGGCGGCCGGCGGACUCUCGACGAUCCCCGGCCACGUGCGCAUACUCUACGCCCUGUACCUCGAGGGCGCCGUCACUUUGGCCGCGAUCGCGGUGGCCAUACUCAAGGUCGCCGCGACCCAGAGCCUGACCAACGUCGGCCUCAAAUUCGGCCUGCUCGUGCCGGUUUGAAUUACCUCAUUUUUCAGCUCCAGCUGCAUGUCGUAUCAACGUUUUUUCUUUCUUUUGCGAGCGCUAAUACUCAUCGGUAAUGCGUGCUUACUUUUUCGUGAAGAAAAAUUAGAGAUUAUAAUGCAAGUUUGAUUGUGAACGUGCCGAGUGCUUGUGUAAUAGUACAUUUUUGAGGUAAAGAUUCAGUUAUUAAUAUGAGAAUAAAAUUACAAAUACAAUUAAACUCGUGCUUGAGAUUACCUGAAAUUGUAAAUUUAGAUCAUUAACGCUCAAAUAUCUCAAUUUUAACUUACAAUAUCAAAUACUCGUUUCGGUAAUGUUAAAUCAGGUGGUCAUCUGAAAUUUAAAAUCUUUGUACAUUUUUUACAACUUUGUAUACAUUCACCAAAAGAGUACAAAGGUGAAAAAUCAAUAAGCACGUUAUAUGCACCACAAAUCAUCCUAUAUUAAGUAUCGCUGAUGAACAGUUUCUUAAGGAUUGCAUUUAGUAAAAUUGUCAACGACCAAUACCGCUUGUAAAUAAAUUGUAAAUAACUUAUAUUUUAAGCAAAUUACUUGUACGAGUUUGACAAUUUAAAUGUUCUAAUUCGAUAUUACAAUUAAUUAUUUUGUACGAUUAACGAAAGCAAAGUUUAUGUAACUGAUCGUUGGAAUGUUCUAAUUAUAACUAAAUUUUUUAAGUACAUGUUUGAAAUAUCAUUACGUUUUUAAUUUUUAUUGAAAAAAAAUGCUGAAAAUGUAUUUCACAUUUGAAUUUGGACAUCGUUUGAGGCAACAUGAAUAAAAUAAUUUGAAAAAUCAAACGCCCAAUUGUAAUUGUUUUUUUUUAUUUUGGUAAGUAAUCAUUUUAUAGCGCUAACUUAAUAGCAUUGAUAAAAUUACAAACAUAACAUUCAAGUAUCUAUCUCUC